AUGCGUCAAGAAAUUGAGGUGACACCAAAAACACCGAUGCCAAAGGAAUAUGGCUAUCUUCCAAAGGGCGACCGGUACAAGACGCUCCACAGCCGCAAGCUUACUCAUGAAAAGGGCCGGAAGUUAUACAUUGUUGUAGAUAAGAACAAGACGAUCGGGAUUCGUGUCCCUCUGAGUGUCCUGCACAAGGUUCACACACAAGCAAAACAAACGCUGUCUACUCGCCGCGCUACAACAGCGCAACGCGAUGCUACUGGUCUCACCAAAGCAGCUGCCGAGGUAGACGUCCAGUUUCCGAAGAUACCUGCAGCGGCCAAGGAAACAGUACUUAGGCACGGCUUCAAGAAGCAUUCUGGGAGAGUCGGUCGAGCAAGUUCACUACCGUUAUCGCGGAAAGUCUUGCUUGCUGUCAUUGCACAUGUACGACAUAUGCACACCGAUUAUGAUACUCUACUGGAGAAGGGAAAGAGCAGGGAAAUCGCAAGGAAAACUACCAGGAAAGGGAUUGAGACAGUAAUGCAAAGAUGGGGAUAUGCCAAAGGUGCAAAUCAAGCAGUGCUACCUUUACCUCUGUUAAUGGACUGA